AUGCCUCGUCGCAAUAUUAGGUUCAAUCACCAAAAAGGUGAGCGGCGGGCGAGCGUGUCCUCCGAGGUCAGCGAUGUAGCCUCGGAACCCUCCAUCGCCAGCAACGGCCGCGUCUCUCAGCCGACCACAAUCCCCGAAGAGAAAUCUGCUCAAUCCGAAUACGAGAAAAAGAAACAGACCUUCAUUACCCGCACGAUAUGGACCUUCGUGAUGAUUGCCGGCUUUUUCAUCGCUAUGUUCUCUGGUCACAUCUACAUCAUCGGGCUUGUAACUGCCAUCCAGAUCGUCUCGUUCAAGGAAGUUAUUGCUAUCGCCAACGUCCCUAGCAGGCAGAAGAACCUCCGCUUCACCAAGUCCCUGAACUGGUACUUCCUCGCGACGACCAUGUACUUCCUAUACGGGGAGAGCGUCAUCUACUAUUUCAAGCACAUUCUGCUCGUGGAUAAGGUUUUGCUGCCUUUGGCAACUCAUCACCGCUUUAUCAGCUUUACUCUCUACGUCAUGGGCUUCGUGUUCUUCGUCGGAUCGCUGCAAAAAGGACACUAUCGGUUCCAGUUCACCCAGUUUGCUUGGACUCACAUGGCGCUGUACCUGAUUGUUGUCCAGGCUCACUUUGUGAUGAACAACAUUUUCGAGGGCAUGAUCUGGUUCUUCCUCCCCGCUGCGCUGGUCAUCACCAACGAUAUCUUCGCCUAUGUCUGUGGUAUUACAUUUGGACGUACUCAGCUGAUCCAGCUGUCUCCCAAGAAAACCGUUGAGGGUUUCCUUGGCGCGUGGAUGUGCACCAUCAUCUUCGGUUAUUUCUUGACUAACUGGCUGAUGCGGUACAAGUACUUCAUCUGCCCUGUCAAUGACCUGGGAGCAAAUGUCCUGACGGGCCUCGAGUGCGUGCCCAACAAGGUGUUCAUCCCCCAGCCCUACUCGCUCGAUAUGUUCGGCCUGGACAAGACUUUCUUCGUCGCCCCUAUCCAGUUCCACAUUCUUUGCUUCGCUACAUUCGCCUCUCUUAUCGCUCCCUUCGGUGGAUUCUUUGCUUCCGGUCUGAAGCGUACUUUCAAGAUCAAGGACUUCGGCGAGUCGAUCCCGGGCCACGGUGGUAUCACCGAUCGCAUGGACUGCCAAUUCAUCAUGGGAUUCUUCGCCUUCAUGUACUACCACAGCUUCAUUGCUGUGUACAAGGCCACUGUGGGUGACGUGAUCGAGGUUGCCAUCAACGGCCUGACCCCCGAGGAGCAAAUCGAUGUUGUUCGGGGCCUCAGCAAGUACCUGGUGAACCAAGGCGCUGCUACGGAAUCGCUCCUUGACUGCCUUGCUACUGAGCUCAAGCGCCGAUAA